AUGGAUAUUGUUCCUUACCACCCGACGCAUCACACUGCUACAAGCAGUACAUGGCUUGACGUCUGCGCGGUUAAUGACCUCUACAAAGUCUCGGGUUAUUCACAAUUACCUGUCGCCUUUUUAUCAAGUCAUGACCUGAUUAGUGUCAGUUUUCUGUUUAUUUCUGAUAAGAUUGAACCACGUGAAAUCAUAUACAGAGACUUCAAGCUCCUUAACUCCCAAGCCUUUAAACUCCACAUUGAAGCCUGCGACUGGUCGCAGGUAUUUACUGCUACCUCGAUUGACGCCAAAGUUGACCUACUAAAUACUUUCGUACUGGAGACAAUAAAUAAAUGA